UUGUGGGUGAAGGUUUGCUUUCUCCUAGUAUCCAACAGAUAGCAGCAAGUUUGGUUAAAGAAUGCCAUGGCAAUCUACUCGCCAUCAUUCUAAUGGCCAGGUCCUUGAAGAAAGUUAUUGAUGAUGUCAACUUGUGGGAACUUGCUUUUAAAAGAUUGACCAUGCUACCUCCAUCUCAGAUAGAAGAUAUAGACAAUGUCCUGAUUAAUGCAUUAACAUUCAUUUGGGAACGUAUGAACAACAAAACAAGACAUUGCAUUAAGCUUUGUACGUGGUAUCCCAAGGGAGAGAAAAUUGACAGAGUCUCACUAAUACAACAUUGGAUCCAAGAUUGUCUGGUUGAUACCUAUGAUGAAGGUACCAACAUCAUCCAAAAUCUUGUUGAUACAUUUCUGCUUAAUAUCGUGGAGUUAAAUAGUGUCCAGCUGCGGAGAGAGAUCUGUGAUGUAUUAGUAAACCCACUAAUUCUUCAAAUGCAUCCAUUAUAUCUUAUGCUAGGCGGGGCAAGAUUGAUUAAACCUCCAGAAGAAGAGGAAUGGGAUGCCAAAGUGAUCCAUUUGAUGGAUAAUAAAUUAUCUGACCUACCAGAAUCUCCAAAGUCACCCUCACUAAUUGCAUUGUACCUUCAGAAUAACUUGGAUCUCAUGGCUAUCCCAUCUUGUUUCUUCAAGCACAUGCCUUUGCUUCAAAUCCUAGACUUAUCACAUACCAGUAUCAAAUCUUUGCCAGAGUCAAUUUCAAGUUUGGUUAACCUUCGAGAACUCCUUUUGAAAGGCUGUGAACUCUUAAUACGACUCCCUAGUCAUGUUGGAGAACUGAAGAAUCUUGAGAAGCUCGACCUUGAUGAAACUCAGAUUAUAGAUCUCCCAGCAGAGAUUGGACAUCUUUCCAAAUUAAAAAUUUUGAGGGUCUCAUUCUAUGGAUAUAUGAACUGUAGCAAAACAAGGUUGCGGCAAGAUACAAUAAUUCCCCCUGGAACAAUAUCACGUCUCUCUGAAUUAACUGAAUUAAGCAUUGAUGUUGAUCCGGAUGAUGAACGCUGGAAUGCGACUGUUAAAGCAAUUAUUGAGGAAGCUUGCAAGCUGAAAACUUUAAGACAGCUUAAUUUGUACCUGCCAAACAUCGAAUUAUUGUGGAAACGCAGUACAGGCAGCACAUCAUUGCUCCAUUACCCCUUGCCAUGUUUCAGAUUUACUGUCGGUUAUCACAAACCGCAGGUCAUAUCUCGAGUACCAGCAGAAGUACAAGCUCACUUCAAUAAGGGCUACAAAUGCUUGAAGUUUGUCAAAGGCAAGGAUAUCCCAGCUGAAAUGAGAAUGGUACUUAGCCACAGCACAGCUUUUUUCCUGGAAGGUCAUGCUACGGCUAGGAGUUUGUCUGAUUUCGGAAUUGAAAAUACCAGGCAGCUAAAAUUUUGCUUAUUGACCGAAUGUAAUGAAGUCCAAACCAUCAUUGAUUGUGCAGAGUUUCCUGAACAGCAGAAUGCCCUUGGAAACCUACAAGACUUGUGUAUAUAUUACAUGAAGAAUUUAGUGAGCAUUUGGAGGGGGCCCGUUCAUAAGCACUGUCUAGCUAGCCUGAAGUUCCUUGCACUUCAUAAAUGCCCCAAAUUGAGUAUCAUUUUCUCGCCAGAUUUGGUUGCUAAUCUUGCCAAUUUAGCAGAGCUCAUCGUUGAACACUGCCCUCAACUGACAAGUCUUGUGAGCCUAAUAGGUCAUGCGUCCAGUAACUCAGCAACACAACCAAAUUGCUUUCUUCCAAGCUUGAAAAGAAUAUCGCUGCUUUACCUGCCAAAUCUUGUUAGGAUUUCUAGUGGUUUGCGCAUUGCUCCAGAACUAGAAAAAGUAGGGUUUUACAAUUGCCCGAAGCUUAAGAGUCUUUCACCGAUGGAAAUGUCAAGUGAAAAUUUGAAGGUGAUCAAAGGGGAAAGUCGCUGGUGGGAAGCAUUGGAGUGGAAGAACUCAGAGUGGGGGAACCGGCUGGAUUAUCUGCAUGGUAUCUUUUCCCCACUUAUUAAGGAGAGAGAUGUGAAGGCGCAAUUGGCAGAAGAUGGAAUUAUGCACCAAGCUUCAACUUAAACACCGAGAGAGAGGUGACGGCGCUGGUCAACAGCCAGGAUUCCAAGAGCUA